CAACAGAGCGAGACUCCGGCUCAAAAACAAAAACAAAAAUUACAUAUGUAGGAUUGCGGAUGAUCACUCUAACCAAUGGCUAAGUUGCUUUGCUCAGCGGAAGUUCAAACUGCCACAUCAGAAUUUUAUUUGAGUGUGUUCAUAUGCAACUAUUAAAAGUGGCCGUUACCGCGAUGCAUUCUGGGAAAGGAGCAGCACCAACUCCAAGAUGGCGGCCAGCAGCAGGCUGAUGAAGGAGCUUGAAGAAAUCCGCAACUGUAGAAUGGAAAACUUCCGUAACAUCCAGGUUGAUGAAGCUAAUUUAUUUACUUGGCAAGGGCUUAUUGUUCCUGACAACCCUCCAUAUGAUAAGGGGGCCUUCAGAAUCGAAAUCAACUUUCCAGCCGAGUACCCAUUCAAACCACCGAAGAUCACAUUUAAAACAAAGAUCUAUCACCCGAACAUCGACGAAAAGGGGCAGGUCUGUCUGCCAGUAAUUAGUGCUGAAAACUGGAAGCCGGCAACCAAAACCGACCAAGUAAUCCAGUCCCUCAUAGCACUGGUGAAUGACCCCCAGCCUGAGCACCCGCUUCGCGCUGACCUAGCUGAGGAAUACUCUAAGGACCGUAAAAAAUUCUGUAAGAAUGCUGAAGAGUUUACAAGGAAAUACGGGGAAAAGCGACCUGUGGACUAAAAUCUGCCACGAUUGGUUCCAGCAAGUGUGAGCAGAGACCCCGUGCAGUGCAUUUAGACACCCCUUAAAGCAGGACUCUAGAGAUUCAUACAUGCCACCGCCUGGCGUUGCCUUGUGGCAGUUACUAACUUUCUACAGUUUUCUUAAUCAAAAGUGGUCUAGGUAAUCUGUAAAGAAAAGAUUAAAAAUUUAAGAUGUUCUAAAAAAAAAAA